AUGUGCAUUUUCUCCCUGGCAGUGAACAUGAGUGAACCCUUAAUUGCAGUAAGCAGAUGUCCUAUCUGCUCAGCCUACCUUGAAAAGCCAGUGCACCUGAAAUGUGAAUGCAGCAUCUGCCUCGACUGCAUCAAUGCACUGCAGAAGGUGCCCCGUGUGGAGGGUUUAUUGUGCCCCUUCUGUUGGGUGAUUUCUCUCAAGAAUGACAUCAGGCCCAAUCGGCAGCUGGGGCAGCUGGUGUCCAGUAUCAAGGAGCUGGAGCCCCAUCUGAAAGCUGUUCUACAGAUGAACCCAAGGAUGCAGAAGUUCCAAGUGGAGGUGACCUUGGAUGUUGACACGGCCAACAACCGCCUUCUUAUUUCCAAUGACCUCAGGAGGGUCCGACGUGGGCACAUCAGACAGAAUCGGCAAUUGCUCCCUCAGAGGUUUGACGCUGGAAUCUGUGUCCUGGGCUCCCCUCGCUUCUCCUCUGGCCGCCAUUACUGGGAGGUGGACGUGGGAAAAAGCACAGCAUGGGACCUGGGAGUUUGCAGAGAAUCUGUUCCCCGACAAGGACUGAUGGAAAUGUCUCCAGAGAGUGGAUUCUGGACUGUGAGUUUGAGGGGUGGGCACUAUUUCUUUGCCAGCACAAAGCCUCCAACUGCUCUCUGUGUGGACCUUAAGUUACAGGUUGUGGGGAUUUUCCUGGAUAUGGGCAUGGGAAACAUUUCAUUUUUCCAUGUUGAAGAUGGAUCCCAUAUUUUUACAUUCACUGGAGUUUCUGCUGAGGAGCCACUGUGCCCAUUUUUUUCUCCUUCAAAUCACCUUCUGGAUCAGGGUGUCCUGAGUGUCUGUCCUGUGAUGAGCCCGGCCACUGCCAGGUCUCCAGUCCACCCUGGAGAAUAA